GCACGCUCAGCACUGUACACACUGUACACCUCGUGCGCAGCGCUGUCCGUACUGUGCACACUGUACGUACUGUGCAUACAGUAUGCACUGUCUGUGUGAUGGCUGAGGAGCAGCGCUGGCCGGAGUUGGAGGCACUGAAGCAGAGCGGAGGAAGGGAGUUGGUACUACACGGUGCAGACGUUGCCAGACGAGUGGAGUCUGCGGCCGGACGUGUCCCGUCCGCCCUGUACCGUCUGUCCCGUCUCAACUUGCUGGACAUGUCCGGCGUGUCUCUGUCGCUGGUCCAGCCUCAGCUGGGCUGUCUCUCCGCACUUGGUUCCCUCAUGCUACACGGGAACCGCUUGCAAGAGUUGCCGGAGGAGAUCGGUCAGCUGACUCAACUCAAGGUGCUGGACGUGUCCUCCAACCGCCUGGCCCGCCUGCCCGACUCGCUGUGCCUGUGCCUGUGCCUGCACACGCUCAACGCCUGUCUCUCUGUCUGUCUCUCUGUCUCUGUCUCUGUGUCUGUGCUGGACGUGUCCUCCAACCGCCUGGCCCGCCUGCCCGACUCGCUGUGCCUGUGCCUGUGCCUGCACACGUUCAACGUGCUGGACGUGUCCUCCAACCGCCUGGCCCGCCUGCCCGACUCGCUGUGCCUGUGCCUGUGCCUGCACACGCUCAACGCCUGCCUCUCUGUGCUGGACGUGUCCUCCAACCGCCUGGCCCGCCUGCCCGACUCGCUGUGCCUGUGCCUGUGCCUGCACACGCUCAACGUGCUGGACGUGUCCUCCAACCGCCUGGCCCGCCUGCCCGACUCGCUGUGCCUGUGCCUGUGCCUGCACACGCUCAACGCCUGUCUCUCUGUGCUGGACGUGUCCUCCAACCGCCUGGCCCGCCUGCCCGACUCGCUGUGCCUGUGCCUGUGCCUGCACACGCUCAACGUGCUGGACGUGUCCUCCAACCGCCUGGCCCGCCUGCCCGACUCGCUGUGCCUGUGCCUGUGCCUGCACACGCUCAACGCCUGUCUCUCUGUGCUGGACGUGUCCUCCAACCGCCUGGCCCGCCUGCCCGACUCGCUGUGCCUGUGCCUGUGCCUGCACACGCUCAACGUGCUGGACGUGUCCUCCAACCGCCUGGCCCGCCUGCCCGACUCGCUGUGCCUGUGCCUGUGCCUGCACACGCUCAACGUCUGCACCAACGUUCUGCCGCGGCUGCCCGAGUCCCUGGCUCGCUGUGCCUCGCUCCGCCGCCUGCUCGUCGCCCACAACCUGCUGCCCUCCGAGGCCCUCUCCUCGCUCGGAGGCGGUGGAGGAGGCGGUGGUGGAGGCGGUGGUGGCCGGAUGGAUCUCGAGGAGCUGCAGAUGCAAGGAAACCGCGUGGAGGCGGUGGAUGUGAAGAUCGCCGUCGCCUGGCCUGGGCUCAAGAGUGUGGACCUGUCCCACAACCUCCUGACCGACCUACCACACUCCCUGCUACACUGUCCCAAGUUGCGUUCCCUGCGACUCGCCGGGAAUCCGUUCAGAGACCGCCACUUUGGUCGCCUGGCCGCCGCCGACACGGCACAGGCCAGGGGCCUCCUGGCCUACGUGGAGAGCCAUGGCGGUGGUGGCGGUGGGCCCCGCGGCAUCUCCAAGAAAGCCAAGAGCGGUGCCCGCCGUCGGCCUCCCACCGACACCGACCAGGCCUCCGACCAGGCCUCCGCCGACCAGGCCGCCGACCAGGCCUCCGCCGACCAGGCCGCCGACGACCGGCCGACCAUCCACGUGAUCCGCAGGGCCGCCAAGACGCCCGCCAAGACCCCCGCCAAGACCCCCGCCGGGGACGGGAAGGCCAAGCGACAGGCGGCGAGGAAGAAGACGUCGCAGGGCAGUGAGGGGCCGGAGCCGGCGGUGAAGGCGACUCUCAAGCUGAAGCAGAAGCAGCAGAAGCAGCAGAAGCAGCAGAAGCAGAAGAAUCAGAAGAAUAAGAAGGAGGAGGAGGAGGAUGAGGAGGAGGAUGAGGAGGAGGCAGUGGUGCUGAAGACGCUGAAGAUGCUGAAGACGAAGACGCAGAGAGAGGAGGAGGUGGAGGAGGAUGAGGAGGAGGAUGAGGAGGAGGAUGAGGAGGAUGAGGAGGAGGAUGAGGAGGAGGUGUGUGUGCUUGUGUGCGCGGCUGUGAUGAAAGUGCGACCGUACCUCGUGGCCUGCCGGCUACGGGGACUGGAACUCGGCGAAGGCGGAGCGCUGAAGAGAUUCCUGGGCCUGCAGACCGAGCUGCACGAGGGGGUGUGCAAGCGGCGCUCCCUGGCCACCAUCGCCACUCACGACCUGCGGCUCAUCCGCGCUCCGCUCCGUUUCGACGCUCGACCGCCCGCGGACAUUCAGGUGACUCCGCUCGGCUCGUCUGCCUGCAUCACGGCGCUGUCCCUCGUUGAGGACCUCCAGGGCAGCACCCUGGAGAAAGUGAACAGCCGGACACACCACAAAGUGUCAGGCCUACACCAGUAUCUCCACCUCCUUCAAGGCCAAGCGAUGUACCCGUUUCUGGUGGAUCGAGAUGGAGUGACCAUCUCUCUCCCUCCCAUCACCAACUCUCAAACUACUAAGGUGAGUGUGGACACUACAGAGGUGCUGGUGGAGGUGACCAGUAGUCACAGUCUUGCAUCCUGCAAGCUGGUCAUGGACACCCUCAUCACGAGAGUGGCUGAGCUUCACCACUCACUGCAACAGCUUCCUGGAACAAUAAACCCUGAUGAGACUCAACGAACUGGAACCAAGAAGGCAUUGGAGGUGAUGCAGGUGGUGGUGCUGAAUGAGGCUGAUGGAUGUCUACGUGUGAUGUAUCCCAGCCGAACCGACCUCACCGCCACCAACAUCAACGUCGUGUGGUGAUGGGGUCCAACAUCAACAACAUCAACAACAUCAACAACAACAUCAACAAUAACAUCACCACCAUCAACAU